AUGGCACUGGAUGACAUGGAUGAUUAUUACCGUGGCAAUGCGCCUGCUCUGGCAUGCCUCGGCAAGGAAGCAGUAUCUAGCAGAUGUCCUGAGAGGUACCAAGUGCACGAUGAGCACAAGAUGCCUGGUAAGGGAGGUGGUGCGAAGCAUGUUGAGAGUAUGGCAUUGGAAUGGCUACAUGGCUACAACGAGACUUGA